AUGGUAAUUCCCAUCUUAAAACCAGGAAAGUCGCCGCACAACCUCGACUCGUUGCGCCCUUACCAGCCCUUAAUAGCCCUUACCAGCUGCAUAGGCAAAAUCAUGGAGCGCAUGAUCCACUCACGCUUAAACUGGUAUUUUGAAACCAGGGCCUAUUUCCCAGAAGUCAUGGCAGGAUUUGGCAAAGGAAGAUCGGCGAUAGAUAAUGCCAUAGACAUUGUCUCCAGCGUCCAGCAAGCUCGGACUGAAGGACAGCUAACAGCUGGUGUUUUCCUCGACGUGAUGAAGGCGUACGACAGCGUGCUGCACAGCGUCAUCGCCGCCACACUCCAAGAGGCUGGAAUAGGGGGCCGGCCGCUAUCAUGGAUACAAGAUUUCUUCUCUGAUCGGUUCCUAUUUGUGCGCACUUCAGAGGGAGAUACGAUCACAUAUCCCGUUCACCGUGGCGUUCCACAAGGAAGCGUACUCAGUCCACUGCUCUUCAACAUCAUUAUGGCUUCACUCCCCUUACAGUUACGUGAACACAUCCACAUAACAAUAUAUGCUGACGACGUAUGCAUCUGGACCUCAGCUGCCUGCCGCGAUACGAUCCAACAACGUCUACAGACCGCUCUAGACACUAUUGUAUCCUACCUCGCCAACCUCCAUACGGACAUACCUGGCCUAGCAAAGAAGAGUAACGUGCCCCCUAUCAUCGCGCGCCAACUUGCUCUGGAACAUUUAGACACUGCACACCACCAACGAAGGGAAGUGUACACUGACGGAUCUGUGGUGCCAGGCAGUUCAACGGCCGCAUUCUACGUGCCGAGUUGUAACAUCCAGCAAGGACUUAAGCUUCCUCAUGAAACAUCCUCCACUGAGGCAGAGCUCUACGCAGCAUUGUCAUACAUAUCGCGUUCAUCAGCGGACAAUUGGACGAUUCUCACUGACAGCAAGUCAGCAUUACAGAUGAUAGCCUCAUACUAUGCUAGUACGAUUAACGACAUCUGCACAAGGAUCGCAAAGCGCUACAAUGAAUUACUCGCCUCAGGCCACAGUGUCUGGUUCCAGUGGGUGCAGGUCCAUAUUGGCCUGCACGGGAACGCAUAUGCUGAUGACGGUGCGCGCCGCGCUCAUGACGAAGAUGGAAUACACGACCACUCUGCCCUCUCGUGUAAAUACACGACUGUGCUGCCCUCUCGAAAGGGCAGCACAGUGGACAUCAAGCCCUGGUACGACAAGAAGAGCCUCAAGCGAUAUACCGCGUCCAUGCGUUCCAAGAGUGUGAACAAGAAGACGGAAACGCAAGCCUCCGAAAAUUUUGCCCAAUACGCUGGACGCUCAAGCUCCCUGCGAUCGGUUGUACAGAAUUACAGCCGACUGAUCACAUUUCUCAAUGCGAUUGCAUCAGAGGAACGAAACGAGGCCGGAGCGAAAGCUGGGUCCGGCAUUACCAAGAUUCCCGACGCUUUCUAUGCUAAUGCUCCUGACCCUCGUGUUCUCGAGACUAGAGACCAUGAGCUCAGCUUUACAGAAACCGGGAUUGAGAUUUGA